AUGUAUCCUGUCGUCUGAUUGGUUCUGUCGCCUUGCUAUGUAGCGCCAUCGGUUACGUUACCCUGUCAUCCUCGUCCAUAAAUACACUUCUGACUGGGUUACCGCAACUUUUGAGCUGCUGCUUGACUUGUUCUCGGUCGAAACACAAUUACACGUUUGAGUCACAAAGUUUCAAGAUUCAAAACCUGUACAGGAUGCCUGGCUCUGCCUCGAUCAACUGCUUGGGGCCGUGGCCCAAAGAUGUGGGUAUCAUUGCCAUGGAAUUGUACUUCCCCUCUCGGUAUGUGGACCAAGCUGAGCUGGAACAGUUUGAUGGUGUUACACCUGGGAAAUACACUGUGGGCUUAGGUCAAGCCUGCAUGGGCUUCUGCUCAGACUGUGAGGAUAUCAACUCCCUUUGCCUGACAGUGGUGCAAAGGCUGAUGGAGAAGAGCAACCUGUCCUAUGAUUCCAUAGGUCGUUUGGAAGUUGGCACUGAGAGCAUUAUUGACAAAUCAAAGUCUGUGAAAACAGUCCUCAUGCAGCUGUUUGAGGACUCUGGAAACACUGAUGUGGAGGGCAUUGACACAACAAAUGCCUGUUAUGGUGGGACAGCUGCACUCUUCAAUGCUGUAAACUGGGUUGAGUCCAGCUCGUGGGAUGGUCGUUUUGCCUUAGUUGUAGCAGGUGACAUUGCUGUUUAUGCCUCAGGAAGUGCCAGACCUACAGGAGGUGCUGGUGCCGUGGCAAUGCUCAUUGGGCCCAAUGCCCCUUUGGCCUUUGAACGAGGUUUGCGAGGAACCCACAUGCAACAUGCAUAUGACUUUUACAAACCAAACCUCAUGUCUGAGUAUCCUGUGGUGGAUGGAAAGCUCUCUAUUGAGUGCUACUUGCGUGCCUUGGACCGCUGCUACUCUGUGUACCGGAAUAAGAUCCACGCUCAGUGGCAAAGAGAAAACUCAGAGAAGCUCUUUUCUUUGGAGGAUUUUGGCUUUCUUGUCUUCCACUCUCCAUACUGCAAGCUGGUGCAAAAGUCUUUGGCCAGAUUGAUGCUAAAUGACUUUCUGAACCACCCCUGCCCAAACACUGACAUGGGCCCCUUCAACGGCCUUGAUGAUUUCAGAGACGUAAAGCCAGAGGAAACCUACUUUGACCGAGAUGUUGAGAAGGCUUUCAUAAACGCCAGUGCGGACUUGUUUGAGAGAAAGACCAAGCACUCUUUGCUCAUAUCCAACCAGAACGGAAACAUGUAUACCCCUUCAGUCUAUGGCUGCUUGGCAUCUGUCAUUGCGCAACACACAUCUUCACAAUUAGCAGGUCAGAGAAUUGGAGUCUUUUCCUAUGGAUCAGGAUUUGCUGCAACUCUGUAUUCCCUCAGGGUCUCACAGGACCACACACCUGGUUCUGCUCUUGACAAACUCAUCUGUAGUUUGAGUGACCUCAAGGUCAGACUGGAAUCAAGGAAGAAAGUUUCACCUGCAGUCUUCUCUGAAAACAUGAAGCUCAGGGAAGACGCCCAUCACCUUGCCAACUAUGUCCCUCGUGGCUCUGUGGAGGAUCUGUUUCCGGGUACUUGGUAUUUAACACAUGUGGAUGAGAAACACCGCAGGGAAUAUGCCAGGAGACCUCUGGACAAUGAUAUACCGUCAGAGCCGGAGCACAUUCGCUCCAGCAAUGCCACUGAGCACAUCCCAAGCCCAGCCAAGAAGAUGCCACGCAUCCCUGUCACCAACUCUGACACUGGCAUUGCCAACUGAGAGCACUGAGCUCUUCAACAAGGUAUCAAGGACCAGUCAUUUGGAAAUGGUCACUCGACUUGCGGUCAAAAGGCCGACGUGCUCCAGCAGAGCUCGUGGACAGCCUUCGACACUGCUGAACCAACUGUCACAGGCACAUUCUCCCCUAGUCUGCACAGCUAUCAAAAGUGGAUGAUGAUAUCUUUCAUGCCUAAUUAGACCGCACAAACCCAUCAUGAUAAUCUUUGAGCGUUAAGAAAUAAUUUAAUAAUGCACAUUGUUGGAUAUUUUUAGUCACUACUUUGCUAUUUCCAAAUGUAUUUUUGUCAUUUGUUUUACCAUUAAUCCAAUUAGAGAUACAAAAUGACAUUGCACUCUCAUUGAGACAUUAGUUUCAGUAAUUUGACUGUUUCAGUUACUCCAAGCGAAACAAUUAAUUUUACCUUUGUCCAUCAUUAUUGUACAUUAAACUGCAAAGUGGCACUGAAGUUUUCCCAAGAUUCUUCCAAAUCUUUUCUCCCACGGUACUCUAAAUACAGCCAUCUGUCUGCUAAUUAUAAUUGAAAGUGAUACUACACUAGACUUUUUCUCUAGGGAGUGUGUGUGGCAUGAGGAUUGUCUCAAACCCAUUUGCAUUUGGAGUAGUUCAAUAAUAUUUUGUGCUGUUAUUGUCAUAUUUGACAAUAUUGAAAAGGAAGCUCAAUCUCAAAAACUGCGUCUACUGCUGAACUGACUGUUACCAUCAUUUCAGUUUCCAAGUUUUUGUAACAAGUCAUUUGGGUGUUUGAGUUACUUUUCUCUGGUUGUUUUAUUCUUGUUGAAUCUUGAAUUAAAAUAUCCAGCAUGUGCAUGAAUAAAUACUCAGGUAGAAGCCAUGGCAAGGAUCAGUCUUUAAAUAAAUGUCGGUGUGGAUGAGCUUGGGACAGAUAGUUGGAGUAAGGACCAUUAUUAAAAAUAUAACAUGCCAUUAAGAAGCCUUAUUAAAUAUGUAUCUAAUGUGCAUACAUCAAUUGUACAGUUGGUUGGUGCCUCCAGACACUAGCAUCACAAAUGCAAUGUAGCGGUUUUGCUAGUGUGACAGUCAUCGAUAAUGGCUUGCUGAUCUUUAUAUUUUUGAUGAUGAUGUACAGAAAAAGCUGUAAAAUUAUUUUCUUUGUAGAUUGGUUUGAAUGUAUUGGAGCCAUCCCAUUUCUGUAAACUUAGAAAAAUGAAUAAACCAAAACUAUAUAUACCUUUGAAAGUUUCGCCGUUAUUUUCUAAAUGCCAUGCAAUUGGUCGAUCCAGUGACCGUGUGCCAAAAAAAAAAAAACAGCCCAUCAUCCAUCUCGUCACUUAAUACAGGUGUGGCCAAUACAUUGAGCGAGCGUCUAUUGACUGACAGAUGAUUUCACCAAUCCUGGCCUUUUCUGACGUGUCACUGCACGUGCACACAAAGGAGCGUUCUGAUGAGCAGUCGUGGCAACCAAAUGUUGAAGCAUUGGCCUCACAGUUCUGAAAACCUGGGUUCAAUCCCAGCUCUCACUGUGUGGAGCUUACAUGUUCUACCCGUGCCUAUGUACGUUUUCACCGGGCACUCCGAUUUCCUCCCACUUUCCAAAAACCAUGUAACACUCAUUGGGACACUCUAAAUUGCCCCUUGGUGUGUUUGUGAGUGUGGCUGUUUGUCUCUCUGUGCCCUGCGAUUGACUGGCAACCAGUCCAGAGUGUAGCCCGCCUCCCUCCCAUUGAUAGUUGGGAGAGGCUCCAGCACUCCUGUGACCCUAGUGAGGAUAAGCAGCUCAGAAAAUGGAUAGAUGGAUGAUUUCCAAUGGUUAGAAAACUCAUUCAAAAUUGUGCCAUCCUGAGAAAUCUGCUUCGGCUGCAGACUUUGGAACAUGAAUUUUGCUUGCUUGUGAUACCAAUUUGUAGUUUAUAAGCACAAGAUGACAAAUGUUGGAAGACGACUGCUGAUAUAAGAAGACUUUUAU